AUGGCAAGCGGUGCUAGCGAAGGCAGUACUACCGCCAUAAUCAAGCUCAGAGAUGAAGAGCUAGCUUUGAUGCCACCGCCACUAAUCAAGCGUAUCAAAAGACCAACCGAAGUCCUUGAUGAAGACACAUACACCGAAGCCUUAUCCGACAUCAUAGCGAGAGACUACUAUCCCGGAUUGCGCGAAACAGAGGCCCAAGAAGAAUACCUACAAGCGCUCGAAAGCAAGAAUCCGCAAUGGAUCAGACAAGCAGAAAGGGAAUUGCGAGCAGCAAGAGAUGGAGAGAGCGCGAUGAAAAAGGUUAGAAGAGAGACAAGAGAUGGCAGAUUCGAUACGCCACGCUCGUACAAACAAGCAGGAGAUACACCAAAGGGACUCUCUGGGUCAGAAACACCACUUUCGACAAAUGGUACAGAGAUUGAACUGGAGGAAGAAGACCAGAACCUCGACACCUCGACAUUGUCCCUAUCAUCCUAUCAAGCAAAGUACACUUCCGAAGACAAUUCGUCUUUCAACACCAUCCUCGACAAGCAGAAUCAAAAGCGCCGUCAGAAGCACGCUCAUUUAUGGACCCAAGAUCAACGUAUUCCCAGUCAACGUCUCAUCGCUCAUCGAGCACAAACCCAGCAACUCAUCCAAGAUAAAGAGAUCUACGAAUCUACCAACAAGAAAGCCCUAAUCUCACUGACCACAGGCGCUACUGAUUCUCGCUCCUCCAAACCCAAUUCAUGGAAGAUCUCGAAUCCAGCUAACAACUUCAUGUUCGGCCCUUCCACAUCAGUAGACGAACAAGGCCUAGUCACAGUAGCUGAGCUCAAGGAAUCCAUGUCAAAAACUGGACCAAAGCAAAUCAUUCACGAAAAUACUCGCUUCCCACCAUCCGGACCUAGAUGGGACAGAGAAGACACCGACGAUACAACCAGUAUUCAUACCUCCUUCAUAGCUCGACGCAAUGCAGCAGGCACAGACGUCGGUACUGUUACAGGAGCAGAAACACCAAGAGUAAAUGGAUACUCUUUCGUGGAUGACGAAGAACCUCUCCCUUCUGCGCAGGAACAUCCGACCUAUCGUGACCUGUUAGCUGGACAGACAGGAGAUAGCACACCGAAUCCGUUCAAACUAAAAGAGAACCGAGCUCGAGAAGAUCUUCACCAUAUGCUUGUUAAUAAAGACGCAGAAAAACAUCGUGCUAGACAGAAAGAGAUCAUGCCUAGCAGGGGCGGGAAAGACAUCGGCAACAUGACACCUGCUGCGAGGAAGAUGAUGGAAAGACUGGGUGGAAGAACUCCUGUUACGAACAAUAAGAGUGAAAGCAGAAGGGAGGACUGGACACCCGCAAGCACACCUAGAAGGACUAGAACAGCCGUGAAGUGA